AUGUUGGGGGAGGAGCGAUCCGGGGGACCGCCGGGGUCGGAGGUGAAGACGUGCGUGGCGUGGCCGCGGAGGGCGAGCGCGCCGUGGAGGGUGAGCGCGUGCCGCUCCAUGCCGCCGGCGCGGUCGCCCUUGGGCCAGCGCUUGACGAAGAGGGCGAUCCUGAGCCUCCUCGGGGGAGGGCUGGCGGAGAAGCGGAGGUGGUUCCAGGCGAAGGGGAGCUCGUCGAGGCGGCCGGACCAGAGGGAGGGGUCGUCGAGCUGCCUCGAACCGAGGAAGAAGCCCCCCAGCCUGCAGGGCUUGGACGCCAGAUAGAACAGGCCGACCAGGGACAUGGCGGAGAUGACGAAGAGGAAGUAGCGAAACCCGUGGGAAUGGAGAACGGGCGGCGGCGCUGGGCAGUGGCGGCGCUUCCCCAUACCCCUCUGCUUUGCUCCCAUCGGCUGGAAAACUCCGUCGGGCCUCCCCCCCCGCGUCCUCGUUGAUGAUGGAUGCCUUUUGUGGUGGAAGAAGAAGCAGAGGAGGGAGAAGACGAGUUGGUGCGGCAACGAUGGGGAAUCUUCAGCCGGGUGGAGACCAGUGCCCCGAUUUUCUUGCUAUAGGCUGAAUGAAAAUCCUUUACAGUGCAAGUCACGAAGUAGCAGCACAUCUGGCAGAAUUUUUUUAAGAUUAAUCUUCACUUAUUGCUCUUCCUGCUGCAUUGGUCUUGUCGACUAAAUUAUGAAGAAUUUGAUUUCCUUACGAAUCUGAUUACUUGGCAGCUCAGUUCUUGUUUUUGUGAGAUGGCGUGAUUAAGAUGCGUUGGUCAGCUUUUUCAAUCACAAGGUUAUUUAAUGCAGGACGCCUAUUCAUGCACCACUUUAAAUGCCCGCAUUUCAAGAGAGCAUUGAAGUCUUUCGCCCAGAUGAACAUCAGAUCCGUUUCAUGGGGGCAUGCUUCCCAAGGUCAACCCCCCCCCCCCCCAAGGUGAGAUCUCUUGUUAGAUUCUUGGUGAGUGAUUGGAGGACUAAGAUCAGGGAUUUGUUCUCUUGUUAUAAGCUUUUGUUGUGAGUUGAUGUAUUUCUUAUUUACUACUUCACGUCUUACGGAUCGGGUGAGCAGUGUUCUGCAAGUUCACAUUAAGCUCUUGCUCUAAUAAAAGUUCUCAAGUUGGAGCUUGAGUGAUUUAUACCCUGCGUUUCUAUCUUAUUGAUGCUUCCUCCAUGAAUUGAGUUUUUCUUUUCCUUUUCAAAUUUCAGUGUUGUUCUUCACGCCGUUCCUUGUUUCCGUAAACAGAAUGGACAUGGAAGCAGACUACAUUGGGCUGCUCCUGCUCCUGCUCCUGCUCUCCGCCGCUGGAUAUGAUCCUCGGGUGGCACCAAUGGUGUAUGAGAAGCUGGGGAAGAUCACCGGGAUUCCUUGCUGAGGGACUACCUCUCCACUCACCCAUCCAGCAGGAAGAGAGCUGAUUUUCUCUCUCAGGCCCAAGUCAUGGGCGAAGCUCUGGCCAUAUAUCAGGACGCCAUUGCUGGCCGCGGGCUUGAGAGCUUCCCCUAA